AUGGCGCGCAGGAAGGCCAAAGGAAAGCAUCGCCUGGACAAAUUCUACCACUUGGCCAAGGAGCAAGGGUAUCGCUCUCGAGCCGCCUUCAAGCUGAUCCAACUCAACAGGAAGUACCAGUUCCUGUCGAACUGCAGAGCCGUGCUCGACCUGUGUGCCGCGCCAGGUGGCUGGCUUCAAGUGGUGUCGAAACAGCUCCCUGUGAGCAGCCUGGUGUUGGGUGUGGAUCUUGCACCCAUUCGGCCGAUAAGGGGUGUGAAGACGUUCGUUGGUGACAUCACAACUGAAAAAUGUCGGCACACAAUCAAGAAAGAAGCAGCUGGUGGCCGUUUCGACGUUGUGCUGCACGAUGGUUCUCCCAAUGUUGGUGGUGCUUGGACUAGUGAAGCCCUGUCACAGGCUGUGCUUGUGCUGGAGUCCUUGAAGCUGGCAACAGAGUUUCUGGCACCCAAGGGGUGGUUUGUAACCAAGGUUUUCCGCUCCAAUGACUACAACCCCCUGCUGUACGCAUGCCGCCAGCUUUUCCAGAAGGUGGAGGCCACCAAGCCAACAGCCUCAAGGCACUCCUCGGCAGAGAUUUUUGUGGUGUGCCAGGGAUACAAGGCACCGGGAAAGAUUGACCCCAGGCUAUUAGACCCAAAGCACCUGUUCCAGGAUUUCACUGAAGUGCCAAAGGUUGGGGCCUCUGGAAACUUGUUCCAGCUGACCCAGCAAACACGACACCGUGGGGGCUACGAAGAUGGCGUCUCAACGACCUUCAAGCGUGUGUCAGUGCUUGCAUUCAUCCACUCCCAGGCACCCAUCGAGCUGCUUGGCCAGUGUACACAGUUUGCGCUUGAAGGCCAGGGUGCGGAUGUGGGGUUCGUGCCAAGAGGAGAUGGAGACCUGGAGAGCAUGCUUGAUGUUGUUCGGAUGCACCCGAAAACGACGCAGGAGAUUCGCAGCCUGUGUGCCGACCUGAAGGUCCUUGGUCGAAAGGACUUCAAGGCGCUGCUUAAAUGGCAAAUGGACAUGAAGAAAGCCCUUGCCAUUGGCAAAGAUAAAGAAGAGGCGCCAGCCAAGGGCAAGCCAGAGGAAAGGGAGGAAGAGGAUCCCGAAAACCAGCUGCUGAUGGAGAUGGCCAAGAUUAAGGAACGCAUGGAGGCAAGGACGAAAAAAGAGAAAAAGCGACUAAGAAAAGAUAAGAAGGCAUCCAAAAUCAAGAUGGCAAAGAUGGCCGAAGCAGCAGAGGGGGCUGUCGAACUGCCGGAGGAGGGGGAUCUGUUCACAUUGGACGUGUUGAAGAGCCGCAAGCAUAUUGAUCUGGUGAAUGACGCAGCACCGCUGUCCACCAAGGACCUGGACAUGCUUGACGAAAGCAGUGACGAGGGCCAAGCAGAGAGCGAGGGAGAUGAAGAUGGGUAUGACUCUGAGGAGGACAGGCUGCGGUAUGAGACGUUGAUGGAGGAGUACUUGGACGGCUCGUACAAGCGAUUCAUGGACCGGCGGGGAAUCAAAGACACAGCGAAGCGGCCAUCAAAGCGUCGCCGCCUCGGUGCCGAUGGGGAACUUGUAAAUGACUCUAGUGGCAGCAGCCAGGAUGAGGUCAGAUAUGAGAGGCUGCUGCAGAGCGCACCUGAGCCUGCCAGUGAGCCGCCAAUCGAUGGAGGCGGCUUGGUGGUGGCCACACUCGAUGGUGUGCAGGCCGGGAGGCCCAAGUCAGCGAGGGCUGUCUCAGCUCAAUGGUUCAGCCAGGAACUGUUCCAGAAUGAAGAUCUUAUGGAUGAUGACGAGGAGGCUGACGACGAGGGCGCAGAAGAUGGGGAGAAAGAGGAGGAAGGGGAGGAAGAGGAUGGGGAUGUGGAGGAGUACCAAGCAGCAGGAAGACGUAUGGGCACAGUUUUGGAGCAGUUGGGCAAUGAGGUCCCCAGAGUUGAUGCCGUGGGCGGCGUGGCUACUGUCCCCUCAGGGGAAGAGGAGCUUGUGGAGGAUGGUGAAGGGGAAGCAACGGAUCAGGAAUCAGACAAUGACAGCGACUAUGGGGAUCCUGCUCGCAGAGCGGCGGCUGGCAAGAGGCCUGACGAAACAGAUGGGUUCGAGGUCGUCCAUGAACCAGAUUCUCAGUCUUCUGGCAGUGAUAUCGAUGAUGAGUUCCGUGCCUUGGAUGAAGAGGGCAAGGCUGAGGUGCUUGCCAUGGCGAAAAAGUUCCUGAAGAGGAGCGACAAAGAGAGAAUAAUAGAGGCGGCCUACAAUCGCUACAAUUUCCAUGAUACUGACCUCCCCAAGUGGUUUGUUGAUGAUGAAAAGAGGAACAUGAGGCCCGUUCGCCACGUUUCCCGGCAAGAGAUCGAGGAGCAGAAGGAAAUCGUGCGCGCCCUUGACGCCCGCCCAAUCAAGAGGGUGGCGGAGGCCAAGGCAAGGAAGAGAAAGCGCCUGGUCAACCGGCUCAACGCCGCCCGCAAGAAGGCCGAGGCGGUGAUGGGCCAGGAGGACAUCUCCGCGGGCUCCAGGAUGAGGCAGGUCCAGAAACUGCUGGCCAAGGCUCGAGCCUCGGAGUACAGCAAGAAGAAGAAGAAGAAACCGGGGAGGAGCGACCGGCACAAGCAGCAGGGGAAGCGCCUGGACUACCGGAUGAAGGCAGACAAGCGCCAGAGGGGCGCCGGUCGAAACGGGAAGAACACGAAGAAGAUAAUGCUCAAGAGGGCGUCGGACGCAGCGCUGAGGAAACAAAGGGGGAAGGGAAAGAGAAAGCGAUAG